UAUUUCAUGAGGUUAAUAAAUCUCUUUGAUAUGCUUGACUCGGGCCACAUGAGAAUAACCAAUCUUUGGGCAGUCCAAGCUUCUAGACGCUGCCCCAAUUCCUUGGCUCCCGGAACUUUUCCUCAAUCACUCCUACCUCUUCCUCCAUUAUCACAUCUUCUCUGACUGAUAAUUCAGCAAGAGCCUCCUGAUCUAGCAGCCAAGACUGCCCCUGACCUUUGACCAUGUACCCCAACCCUCUCAUCUAUUGCACCUGCUGGGACCCCUGGAACUUGGGACCACGGAAGCUAAUCAAGACCCCUCAACUACCACACAAGAACUCCACAGGGAGGUCCAAGCUAACUCCUCUUCUACCAGCUCCAAAAAAUCACAAUUACCUCCAACCACCAAAACCUGUUGUUUCCCCAAAAAAGAAAAUCCAUGCAGCAAGGCAAGAAAAGAGCAAUAAAUCAUUUUAUAUCCUGGGAGGAGGUGCUGUUAUUAUUGCAUAUUGUGCAUGGCAGGAAGUGAUCAGCGUGUCACCUGGCUAUCAACUUGUUCGGAAUCGGGAACAGAUUUCUGUCACCUUAGGGGAUGAGAUGUUUGAUGGGAAAAAGCGGUGGGAAUCGGAGAUCCCGAACAAAGGCAGAUUUUCCAGGACCAACAUCAUUUCUGACCUAGAAGAGCAAAUUUCAGAGCUGACAGCAAGAAUUGAACAGAUGAACAGAGAUCACCAGUCUGCCCAGAAAUUGCUCUCCAAUGAAAUGGAGCUCCGCUGUGCUGAGAUGAAACAGAUCUUUGAAAACAAGAACAGGGAGCUCAAAGAGGCCCAUGAAGCAGAAAUCAGUGAGUUGGAGAACAACUACAAAACAGCCUUGAAGGCGGAGAAGUUGGCUGCCCAAGAGAAGCUAGAGGAGAUGGGAAAAGAAUACAAGUAUUUGAAGAAUAUGUUUCGGACGUAUCAGGACAGUAUUUAUGAUGAAAUGGAAGAGAAGUGGUCAAAACAGAAGGCAAAAUGGAAGAAGGAUGAGAAGUUGGAGCGAGAAAGUAUCCUGCUACAGCAAAGAAAAAAGAUGACCAAAAAAUUCGAACUGGAGUCAGGAGAAGAAGAGAAGAAAAUAAAUGAAUCCUGCAGCACUGUCUUUGAGAACUUCAUUCAAGAGAAGGAGGAGCUCUUGAAACAACAUCAAAGUGAUACCUUGCAAUUAGAAGAGCUGAGAAAAAACAAAAAGGUCAUGGAGGAAGAAUUGCAUGCACAAGCCCUCAUCCUAGAGUCACUUAACACAAACCUCUACUAUACCCAGUUGGAACUCCAAAAAGAGAAAGCUACAGUGGGAAAUCUGGAGAAAAUGCUUCAAACCAAGUGUGCUGAAACUGAAGAAAAGUAUAAGUACACCAUACAGAUCCUGAUGGAAGAGAACAUUCAUCUGAAGCAAAAGGUAAUUUCCAAGAAUGAAGAAAUGUAUGAAGAAUGUUCUGGGAGAUUGGCCUCUAUUACUGUUUCUAAGGAUGAUUCUGACACUGUGGAAGAUAGUAGCAAGAAAAGACAAGAAUCAUGAACAUAAAGUUGCUCUCCAUUGUUGAAGAUGGUUGGCACACCAUUUCUGUAGGCCCAGGAAACUCCUGGGAGGGUUUUCUUAAGAACAUGUGUAUAAUGAGUUUAGUUCUUGGGUUGCUCUGACUCUAUUUUUGCUCUCUUCUGAGUGGCUGAAAAUGUUUGAAUUCUCAUCUGAAUUUCACAGCUUAUCACGGACGCUUCAUUGAAAAAUGAUGCUCUCUGUACUGGGAGCUGAGCUUUCUCUGAGUUUUGUACUAUUUUUCUUCCACCUUUAUGUAUUUCCUAGGAAAGAAAUAGAUUUGAAGGCC